CGGAGGUGGUCAGGGAGAAAGCCUUCGGGCCAGACACGCCCUGGGGAGGCCCCGCCCCGCUCCGCCGAGCGCUAUAAGGCGCCCGGACUUCCUUCGGACCUCACCCAGCCUCGAGAGUCCGCCCGCAGUCCGUGACCAUGGAGCAGCUUAGCGCCGCCAACACCCACUUCGCUUUGGACCUGUUCCAAAACCUGAAUGAGAAAGAUUCGACCGGCAACAUCUUCUUCUCCUCCGUCAGCAUUUCCUCAGCAAUGGCCAUGAUCUUGCUGGGGGCCCAGGGCAACACUGCAGCACAGCUGUCCAAGACAUUCCACUUCGAUGCGGUGAAAGAGCUCCAUUCCAGAUUCCAGAGUCUGAACGCGGACAUCAACAAGAGUGGUGCUGCCUACAUUCUGAAAAUUGCUAACAGGUUAUACGGAGAGAAAAGCUAUCACUUCCUUCCCGAGUUCUUGGCGUCAACUCAGAAAAUGUACGGGGCCGAAUUGGCCAGUGUGGAUUUCCAGCAUGCCUCUGAGGCAGCCAGGAAGGAGAUAAAUAAAUGGGUCAAAGGCCAAACCGAAGGGAAAAUUCCAGAACUGUUGGCUUCAGGUGUGGUUGACAGCAUGACUAAGCUUGUGUUGGUGAAUGCCAUCUAUUUCAAAGGCAACUGGAAGAAUAAAUUCAUGAAAGAAGCCACAACAGAUGCCCAAUUCAGAAUAAAUAAGAAAGACACCAAAAAAGUGAAAAUGAUGCAUCAGAAGAAUAAAUACCCAUUUGGCUACAUCCGGGAACUAAAGUGCCGUGUGCUAGAAUUGCCCUACGAAGGCAGCGACCUCAGCAUGGUCAUCCUGCUGCCGGAUGACAUUGAGGAUGACUCCACAGGUCUGAGGAAGAUUGAGGAACAGUUGACUUUGGAAAAACUGAAUGAGUGGACCCGUCCUGAGAACCUGAGUUAUAUUGACGUCAAUGUCAGCUUGCCCAAGUUCAAGUUAGAAGAGACCUACACCCUCAACUCCCACCUAGCCCACCUGGGUAUGCAGGAUCUCUUUGAUAGUAGUAAGGCUGAUCUGUCUGGCAUGUCAGGAGCCAGAGAUCUCUAUGUAUCAAAAAUUAUCCAUAAGUCCUUCGUGGAGGUAAAUGAGGAGGGCACAGAGGCAGCCGCCGCCACGGCAGGCAUUGCCACUUUCUGCAUGCUGCAGCCAGAGGAAACUUUCGUGGCUGACCACCCAUUCCUUUUCAUUAUCCAACAAAAGUACUCAAAUACCAUGCUGUUUCUCGGCCGUUUUUCUUCUCCUUAGAGACUGUGGAGAAACGGGGUCAGGCCUGGAGUUUUCUUGUCUAUCUUUUUAGAAAUACAAUGCGCUAUCCAUUGCGCAACAGAGCCCUGUCUAUGUUUUCAAUGGUAACAUUUCACUCUUCGGAAACAAAUCUUGAAUUUCCUCUCUCUGUUUAACCCUUUGACUGAACAUUCGAUCAUUUUUUUCUCUCUUACGUAGCAAAACUCUAGUGACUGAUUUUAUAUUAAAAUACUAUGAAUUAAAAUAAAUCAAUAAAAACGAA